AUGUCUUCAUCAACCAACACGAACGCCACCAAGACCGAACCAGACCAAAAGGUUCCGGAUCCUUUUAAGGAAUACCACAAGGCCAUGUUCAGAAAAACUGCAGACCAAAUGCAGAAAGCUUUGUUGGCUAUGCAUAGAGAGGGGAAGCUGCAUCACUUGGAUCGUAUGCCAGCAGAGGCCAUGCUUAAUGUUCAACAAGUAUUGGAGAAGCCAGAGGGGUCCUUUGAGGAUAGCACGAAAGGAAAGGAAGGAGAUGGCAGGGAGGGAGUUGAUGACGCGUAG